AUCCUGCACACAUUUACAACCGACGGACCGUCACGCUUUUCACUCGCCUGGGAUUCAUUUUCUGAUUUGUCAUCAACAUGAUUCCUGAGGAAAACUUCGGCUCGGUGCAGARCAGCAGGAUGCAGAGUGCAAGUCUGGCCCUGGAGGAGCUGCUGGUCACGGCUCAGAAACAAGACUGCCUGACUGUUGGUAUCUAUGAAUCAGCAAAGCUUCUCAACACAGAUUUGGACAGCGUGGUUCUGUGCGUCCUGGCCGUUGACGACGAGGACGACGUGGCCCUGCAGAUCCACUUCACGCUGCUUCAGUCCUUCUGCUGCGACACGGGCAUCGACAUCCUGCGGGUCGCCGGGCUCCAGCGGCUCCGGCAGCUCCUGGGCGGUGUGGAUGCGAACAGAAACCAGGAGGAGAGCAGAGACCUCCACUGCAUGCUGGUUACGAACCCGCAGGUGGACCACUGCAGGCUGCAAGAAGUGGGGACCUACUGCCAGGAGAGUCGCCGUCUUCACCAAUGGCCGCCGGAACUGGUCCUGCAAGAACGCUGAACAAACCCAGACCUUUUUCUGGGCUCAGACACUAAGUGACAUGAAGGAUCUUGAUGCUCAAGCAGCAAAAGCUUCGAGUGGACUGGUUCAGACCAGCAGGAGCCAAAACCGGCCCCAUCAGUCGCUGCGAAACAGUCGGAUGGUUGUGCAAAAGAUAAAGACAGAAAGGAGACUGACAUGCACAUUUGGCCAGGAAAAGACAAAACUAUUUUUUUUUCUAAUUGUGCCGCCUGUCUGGGCCACUAUGUCUUAAUCAUUACAAGGGAGCAGUCGCUUUGAUGGUGAAUAUUCCACACCCCGGCUUAUACCUGGAGGAUUUGUGUGCUUACUGUCUGGACAGAAAUGUUGUAAGACUACUGUGCACCCAGCAUUCCUGUGUGUUCUGACAUGGGAGAGUCUCUGCAGAGAACAGGGGGUGGGUGUGUGUUUGAAAAGUGUGGUAUGCACGUACAGUGUUUUUCUUUAGAAAGGAAUGGGUGUGCAACGAACAGCUGAACCUGUGGAGGAGGGAUUACUAUGGAAACUGAAAGGAUAAAAACUGGUAGGACUUGCUGGCGUUGCACAAUCUAAGGGGAAAAAAAGGGACAAAAGUGCAAAAAAGAAAAAGUGCUCGGGACGUGAUGUACUGUAUUUUAGUUUAGAUACAAGCUGAACUGUGCUGGUCUGAACAGAACAUGUUUAAACACAGUCAGCAUCACUGUGCCUUCAAUACUGUUGUCUUUUUUGAUAACAUGAAGUUGUUUCACUUUUAAUUUAUUUUUUGUAUAACUUGUUUUUGCAGCCUUCUGUUUUUUUUG